UUAUCGGAGUACGCACCGAUUGUGUCAAGCCGUUAUCAAUAAAAAACCCAAAGACGAGUUUGUCAACAAUGUCAUAAUAUUCAUAAUACUAGUACGAUCUGAUAGUAUCUAUAAACGACUUGAAUUGCAAAAUGAGUGCUGAAGAAGUUGAAGUUAAAAAGCCCAAGGGCAAGUUCCCCACCCGCCAUGUGCAGACGAUGAUGAUGUUCUUCGCGCUGGUGAUAUGCUACGGCAUGAGGGUCAACAUGAGCAUCGCUAUAGUCGUCAUGACGGACACAUCUCUUGAGAAUUCUUUUGACUGGAGCAUGCAGACUCAAAGCGUGAUCCUGUCAUCAUUCUUCUGGGGCUACAUCGUGCUGCAGAUCCCGGCUGGUGAGAUGGCUGCCAAGUUCGGAGGCAUGAUCCUCGUCACCACUGCUAUCGGUGUCAACGCCCUGGUGUCACUCGCUGUACCAUUCGCGGCUUAUUAUGGUGGCUGGCAGAUGGUGUGCGCGUGUCGCGUCGUUCAAGGCCUGGCGCAAGGGUUCGUGGUUCCUUCGAUAUACAACCUAAUCGGCAAGUGGACUCCCAUGGAUGAGAAGAGUCGGACGGGUGCAGUGAUUAAUUCAGGAUCUCAACUUGGCAAUGCUAUCCAGCUGUUGAUAUCGGGCUUCAUAGCAGACGCCUGGGGCUGGCCAGCCAUCUUCUACGUGAAUGGGGCAGUGGGGGCUGUGUGGGUGGUGCUUUACAUCAUCGUGGGAUCUGAUUCUCCACAGAAAUCGAAGUGGAUCAGUCCAGAGGAACGUUUGUAUAUACAGACGUCUUUGGGACAGGUUGGGGAACAAAAGAAACUGAAGACUCCAUGGAAAGCGAUAUGGACAUCGAUACCGUUCAUAUCCCUGAUCGUGCUCCAUUGCAGCCAGAACUGGGGCUACUGGACGCUCAUGACGGAGAUGCCUUCCUACAUGAAGAAAGUGCUGGACGUGGACAUUAAAGCGAAUGGUGUGAUGUCAGCGCUACCAUACUUGGCUGUUUACUUCCUAAGUUUUCCGUUUGGUUACCUCUCUGAUUACCUUCCCAACAAGAAAUACCUCAGCGUGACUGCUACGAGGAAACUAUCCAACUCUAUAGGUUUCUACGGGCCUGCGAUUGCUUUGGUGGGUCUGUCGUACGUGCCGGCUGGUAACGUGACCCUGGCAGUCGUACUCCUGACCAUCGUGGUGGGGCUCAACGUCGGCCACCUCACUGGACUCAUGCUGGUGCACUUGGACAUGGCUCCUAACUAUGUGGGCACACUGCUGGGCAUCACCAAUGGGACUGCCAACAUCAUAUCCAUCAUAGCGCCUCUAGUGGCCGGAGCUGUUAUACAUGAUGAGACGGACCCCAACGAAUGGCGCAAAGUUUUCUACAUAGCAUCUGCAGUAUACAUUGCGGGGAAUACAUUCUAUCUCAUUUUUGGCACAAGUGAAAGGCAGAAAUGGAACGAGCCACCGGAGGAUCAAAUCGGUGAAGUAUCUGACAAAAGUGCUGACAAAGUAGUUUGACGAGCUGUUUUAUCAAUAAAAUAAAAUAAUGUACGAAAAGA